CAUUUGCAACCUAACCUCGUAGUUCCUCGACAAUCAGAUCCAUUCCUCUUCCUCUUUCGUUCUCUCUUUGCGCUUCUCAUUAUCCUCAUCCUCCUCAUCUCAAUCUCAAUCUCAAUUUCAAUCUCAUGUCGACCCUAAUCCGGACUGUUCCUCGCCCAUUGCGUGCCUCCUCUCGGGUGCUUCUCCAGCAACAGCUCCAGUUGCAACACCGCCGCCCCUAUUCCGCCCCCUCCUCUUCCUCCUCUUCCUCCUCUUCUUCCUCUUCCUCCUCCUCCUCCCCCUCUCCUUCUCCCUCUUCCACUUCUUCCACCCAUCCUUCCCCUCAAUCCACUCAAUAUAGCCGUUCUCAAUUCAAAGUCCUUCCGUUCCUGAUCAUUAUUGGUAUCGGAUCUGGUUCCUUCAUUCUCCUCUCAAAGUCCCGUACCGGAGUCCAUAAACCCAAGCCAUCCGAGGCUGUUUAAGUGAGACUCGAACCCCCUCCGCGCCUCCCGCCUCCCUCAUCUCCCCCGCCGCUCUCUUCUUACA